AUGGUGCACGAAAAAGUCAACCAUACCUUCAGCAACGACCGCUUCAACUGGGACGCCGGCGAGAACUACCAGCCCUGUAUCAAACUAUCCUUCUUCUUCAAGAAGCUUCCCAACGUCGACGAUGACCACUUUCAGAUGCACUACAACCACGUGCACGCAGAUCUCACCGUGGCAGCCAAGCUGUUCAAUGUGGUCAAGAUUCAGCGAUAUGUACAGACAUAUCAAACGCCAGAGAUAAAGGCAAGGAUACGGAAGGCGGGAAUGGAGCUGUUGGAUUAUGACGCUUGCUCGCAGAUUUGGGUCAGGGAGUGGGAAGAUUGGGAGAGAUUCUCGACCAGCCCGGAGUAUGCAGCUGCGCUGCUACCUGAUGCGGAUCACUUCAUGGACUACAAGAACAGCGGCAUCAAGGUUUUUGCCGGGUGA